AUGAACCGGAAGCCUUGCUGGCCGGCGCGAUCACACCUUAAGCUGUUUCGUAUUGGUGGGUUUUUCAGUGAAGGAGAGCAAGAACAGGACGAUCGUGAUCAAGAGGGCGGUGAUGCGCUGAAUAAAGUCCCAGCCAAGUCUGCAACUUCAGCACGUGUUGGCGACAUUCUGCUUUCCCAUUACUGCGAUGACGAAUACCUGAGCUGGGGUGACGUUGGAAUUUCACUCCCUGCUGGAGCACCACCUUCAAUGCAUCCAUCUUCAAUUCAUCAUAGAGCUACGGUACACGAAGGGGAGCAAGUAAGAAUGUCCAUAAAUUUGAUAUCAACAAUUCAACAUGCCACCAGAUCAAGACCCAAUGACUACCGGUCAGUUUUGUCAAGGCAGUCCAAAUUGCCCAGUCAAGUUACUGCUCACUCUGGCCGGUUUGGCCAAGUUGAUGGCGCAGUCCAAGAAAUAGGCCAGGGCUGCCACAUCCCUCUGAAGCCGCAGAGUCCGUCAACCGGGCGCACAGAAGCUACAUGGCACAAUGUAGGUCCGUCCGAGAAUAGUUACGAGCUAGGGCCAGCUAAUCCCGGUAUAACUGGGUAUAUGGGAUAUACGAAUGACGAGAAACCUCCUACCUGGGAGAGCCUCAUGGUAGUGUGGAAGAAAUCGCCAAAUCCAGGCACCGUGUGUCUGUAUAGUUGCUCGACCGAUUUCACCUUCAGAAACGCCACAUUCUUCCGCGCAGACGGUCCGUGA